AUGUUGGCCCCUCAUCGGGUCGCUUCGCUGCCCCCAUCGUUCUACUACAUCCCCAACUUCAUCACCGCGGAAGAGGAGACUGCUAUCCUUGAAAAGAUUCCUCCAAGCCGGUGGCACACCCUCCACCACCGCCGCCUCCAAGCCCACCCCUCCACGCUCUCGGCCACAAGCACUCUACUAGCCGCCCCGCUCCCGCCAUGGCUGCUCAACCCGGUAGUGAAGAGACUCGAAGAAUACGGCGUGUUCAGUGAGACGCCUCACCAGGCGCCCAACCAUGUACUAGUGAACGAGUACCGCGCCGGCGAGGGAAUCAUGCCGCAUGAAGACGGCGGGGCGUACGCGGAAGUUGUUGCGACUGUGUCGCUUGGUGCUGCUACGGUGUUAGACUUCGACCAGGACAGGGAUAACAUAUCCGCUCCUUUUUCGCGCAUCCUACAGGAACCCCGCUCCUUGCUCAUCACGAUUGGAUCCGCAUACACAGAGCUGCUGCACGGAAUCGCUUCGGUGGAGACGGACACAGAUCUGAACGAAGAGACUGUUGCCAACUGGACUCUUCUUGGUGAGCCUGACAGGUUUGCAGACGGGAAGAGUGAGAGGGAGACGAGGAUCAGUCUCACGUAUCGAGAUGUGCUGAAAGUUAGCAAAGUUGGUACGAAGCUCUUGGGUCUGGGGAGACGAUGA